AUGGACUUCGUCUUUGGGUUUCCUAAAGACGUUCAAAAGAAUAUUAUUAUUCUUGUGUUUGAGGAUCGGUUCAGCAAGAUGGCACAUCUUGUUGCUGUACCGGAGUCGAUCACAGCCCAGGGAUGUGCUCGUGUCUUCAUCGAUACUAUCUUCCGACUUCACGGGUUACCCCAUGAACUCGUGUCCGAUGGGGACCCCCGCUUCACAGCGGAGUUCUGGCAAUCCGUGUUCCAUUCACUUGGAACAAGUUUAACGAUGUUAACUUCUGACCAUCCAGAAACAGAUGGUCAGACGGAACGUGUCAACCGCAUCCUCGAAGAGAUACUUCGAGGGUAUAUCCACCCGUAUACGAGUUGGAAUGAGUUCUAG